AUGAAGGCCAAGACAAAGUUCAUAAAUACUAGAAUCCCCUAUAGUGGCUCAAACUUGUUUGUUAGAAUAGACUUAGCUGCAACCAUGAAAUGCAUCAUCUCUCUUUGCUUCCUUCUCUGUCUUUAUGCAAUUCAGAGUGUGUCAGCAAAAAAUGCUAUCAUCCCUCCAAGAGGUUGGAACUCCUACGAUUGCUUUAGCUGGAUAAUUUCUGAGGAAGAAUACUUACAGAAUGCUAACAUAGUUUCUCAGCAGUUACAUGCUCAUGGAUACGAGUAUGCUGUUGUGGAUUUCCUCUGGUAUAGGAGUUUGAAGGGUGAUAAAAAUUCUCUUGGUUUUGAUAUGAUUGAUAAAUGGGGACGAAUGAUCCCUGACCCUGAAAGAUGGCCUUCUUCAAAAGGAGGGAGAGGGUUCACUGAUGUAGCAAAUAAAGUUCAUAAUAUGAGUCUAAAGUUUGGGAUUCAUCUUAUGGCUGGAAUCAGUACACAGGCAUUUAAUAAGAACACGCCAAUACUGGAUACAAUUACGGGACAACCUUACAUGGAAUCUGGUCGAGUGUGGAGCGCAAAAGAUAUAGGAAUCCCAUCAAAGGCUUGUAAAUGGAUGAAUAAUGGUUUCAUGGCCAUCAAUGCAACAACAGGAGCUGGAAAAGCCUUCUUAAGAUCAAUUUAUGAGUUGUAUGCUUCAUGGGGAGUUGAUUUUGUGAAACUUGAUUGUGUAUUUGGUGAGGACUUGGAUUUGGGUGAGAUAACAUCUGUAUCAGAGAUUCUCAAUGGCCUUAACAAUUCCAUUGUAUUUUCUGUGUCUCCUGGAGUCGGUGCAACACCAGAAAUGGCUAAGAUGGUUAGUAGUGUAGUUAACGCAUACCGUGUAACAAAAGAUGACUGGGAUGAAUGGCCAGCAAUCUUAGCUCAUUUUAACGUAUCAAGAGACUUUGCUGCAUCUAAACUGAUAGGAGGAAAAGGUUUGAAGGGAGAAUCUUGGCCUGAUUUGGACAUGCUACCAUUUGGAUGGCUAACCGAUCCAGACGUUAAAGAAGGUCCACAUAGGAAUACUACGCUCACUCAAGAUGAGCAAAGAACUCAGAUGACUUUAUGGUGUAUGGCAAAGUCUCCCAUUAUGUAUGGAGGGGAUCUAAGGAAUAUUGAUCCAUGGACCUAUGAUCUUAUCACAAAUCCUACCCUUUUGGAGAUAAACUCUUUUAGCUCAAACAAUCAGGAGGCAUGUGAAACUUUUCUUGCUUUUUCAUUUGGUAAUCAGAUGAUUCUUAAAUCUUACACUGGCAUUGUUUCUGCAUUUUUUAUACAGUUUCCUAAUAUCACAACAUUACAUGCUGACAAGACCGAAGGACACAAUGUCACAAAAGUUAAGUUUACCCACUCCCUAGCUCUCACUGAGUGCUCUGAUCCAAAUGCAAGUGGUUGGUCUAGUGAAAAAUAUAACCAAGGUCUUGAGAAAAUCUGUUACAAGAGUCCAAAACAGGAACAGGAAGAACCCUUUUGUGUGAACAAGAGAGAACUCCCAAUGCCAUCAUCAAAGCAGAGAUAUAUCCCAUCUGAACAGAUAUGGGAGUUAAAAUCUAAUGGGACUCUGGUUAAUGGUCAAUCUGGCCUUUGUGCAGCAGUAGAACAUCUCCUAGCUGAAGGUUAUCCUAAUGGGAUUCGAUCAUGGAUUGCAACUGGAAGAAAAGGGGAGAUCUAUGUUGCUUUUUUCAACCUAAGUAAUGAGAAAACAACAAUAUCUGCAAACAUAGUAGACUUGGGUAUUGUGCCUCCAGGUAGAAGCAGAAAGUUGAGUUUUUGUGAGGGCACUGAAAUGUGGAGUAAAACAACUAUCAGCACACAUAAUACAUUCUCAGCAGAAGUACCAGGUCAUGGAAGCGCAUUGUUUGUCCUUCACUGCCGUUGA